UGACGUCAGUGCAGUCCCACCUACCUCUUUUUACAUAAGAUUCCCGGAUGCGGCUUCUCUUUUCGAUCUUUCCAGAAGCCCCAGCAUAGCAGAAGGCAGGGAGACGAACAACUAGUCUGUAUUUUAUAGGUUUGAUUAAUUGAGUUACAGACGUUGCUAUCUACACAUUGACAAAAUGGUGAAAGAAACUGGUUAUUACGAUGUUUUGGGUGUAAAACCGACUGCCUCACCAGAUGAACUCAAAAAGGCCUACAGAAAGCUUGCUCUGAAGUAUCAUCCAGAUAAGAAUCCUAAUGAAGGUGAAAAGUUCAAACAGAUUUCACAGGCAUAUGAAGUGCUUUCUGAUGCCAAGAAGAGAGAUUUAUAUGAUAAAGGGGGUGAGCAAGCCAUUAAAGAGGGAGGCAUGGGAGGAGGUGGCUUUGGCUCACCGAUGGACAUUUUUGACAUGUUCUUUGGAGGUGGUGGACGAAUGCAACGUGAGAGAAGAGGUAAAAAUGUUGUCCACCAAUUGUCAGUAUCCUUGGAUGAUCUAUAUAAUGGCGCAACAAGAAAGCUAGCACUACAGAAGAACACAAUCUGUGACAAAUGUGAAGGACGUGGAGGUAAAAAGGGCAGUGUUGAAUGCUGCCCAAAUUGCAGAGGUACGGGUAUGCAAAUAAGAAUCCACCAAAUAGGACCAGGAAUGGUUCAACAGAUACAAUCUGUGUGCCAAGAGUGUCAAGGACAGGGAGAACGAAUCAAUCCUAAAGAUCGGUGUAAGAACUGCACUGGUCGGAAAAUUAUCAGAGAGAAGAAGAUUCUUGAAGUUCAUAUUGACAAAGGUAUGAAGGAUGGCCAGAAAAUCACCUUCUCUGGUGAAGGAGACCAAGAACCAGGACUGGAGCCUGGUGAUAUCAUUAUCGUAUUGGAUCAGAAAGAUCAUGCUGUUUUCACAAGGCGUGGUGAAGACUUGUUAAUGCACAUGGAAAUUGAGCUUGUAGAGGCUUUGUGUGGAUUUCACAAACCUAUUGUUACAUUGGAUUCUAGAACUAUAAUCAUCACAUCACAUGCUGGUCAGAUUGUUAAACACGGGGAUGUAAAGUGUGUGUUGAAUGAAGGUAUGCCCAUCUACAAAAGACCAUAUGAAAAGGGUCGUCUCAUAGUCGAAUUUCAGGUCAACUUUCCAAGCAAUGGCUUUAUUUCGCCAGACAAGCUGCCUAUGUUAGAGAAACUACUACCUCCAAGGAAAACCAUUGAAGAGUCAGAGGAUAUGGAGCAAGCUGAAUUAAUGGACUUUGAUGGAUCACAACAAAGAUGUGGCCAUUACAAUGGAGAAGUAUACCAUGAAGAUGAUGAUGACCACCCAAGAGGUGGUGUUCAGUGCCAGACCUCCUAAGCCAAUCAAACAUCCUUUAUUUUCAAAUGUGACCCCCCCCCUCCCCUUAAGGCAACUUGAGGUUGUUGAAAAUAUGCAUUUUGGGCUUUAAGCCAUUGUGAUAUUCACUAUUGUCCUUGAGGGGCCUAUAAGACGUUGUUGAGCAAUGCAUUUUAGGUCUCCAGCACAUGUUUUCAAUCUUCUUUGUAUUUGUAAACACCCCAGCACAAAGAUUACAACUAAGGAUUACAUACUCUACAUGUUUUAAUAUCCAACCCUAAAUGUGUUCUGACAGAAUGCGAAAUAAAAUCUAAAUUAAUGUUCA